GCAAAACUUAGACAAUUACAUGGUCUUCUUUCCCACUUUGACGCAUCGUGUAAGAAAAGAAAAAGAACAAAGAUCUCAAGACCAGACAAAGAAAGAGAAAAUAAACCAAUUUUCUCUUAUUCGGAUUGGAAAAAGAGAGAAAACAAAAUAUGAGAGAUUCAAUAUACUUUUCAUGGAUUUGUGAUAAUCGAUUAAGGGUUAUAAUGAUGGUGAUGAUGAUGGUAUCAUGGAGAUGUGUUGUGGGAUUGGAGAACAUAAAUCCAAUAUUCUUCGAUGAAGGUCUUUCUCAUUUAUUUGGUGAAAGUAAUCUCAUCCGAUCUCCUGAUGAUCGUAGUGUCCGAUUACUCCUCGACAAAUACACAGGGUCAGGAUUCAUCUCUUCAAGCAUGUAUCAACAUGGAUUUUUCAGUUCGUUAAUAAAGUUGCCGGGAGCGUACACGGCUGGUAUUGUCGUCGCGUUUUAUACAUCAAACGGCGAUGUGUUUGUGAAGAGCCACGACGAACUAGACAUAGAGUUCUUAGGGAACGUUGAAGGAAAGCCGUGGCGGUUUCAGACGAAUAUGUAUGGAAACGGUAGCACAAACCGCGGCCGCGAAGAACGCUACCGCCUUUGGUUUGAUCCUUCCAAGGAGUUUCACCGUUAUAGCAUCCUUUGGAAUCCUACCAAAAUAAUAUUUUGGGUAGACGAUGUACCAAUAAGAGAAAUCAUAAGAAAAGAAGAAAUGAAAGGAGACUACCCACAAAAACCAAUGUCUCUCUACGCAACCAUUUGGGACGCUUCAAGCUGGGCUACUUCCGGCGGAAAAUUCGCCGUCGACUACACAUUCUCACCUUUCGUCUCUGAAUUCAAAGAUAUUGCUCUUGACGGUUGUAAUGUCUCCGACUCGAUUCCCACCGUCGCCAGCAACAUCAACAUCAACAUUAAUUGCUCUGUCUCCUACCAACUUCUCACGACCAGCGAUUACUCAACCAUUAGUCCUAAGCAAGCAGCCGCAAUGCGACGGUUCCGAGAACGUUAUAUGUAUUAUUCUUAUUGUUAUGACACCGUGCGGUAUGCCGUGCCUCCCCCGGAAUGUGUGAUUGUGACAGCUGAGAAAACCCGGUUUAGGGAUACCGGACGGUUAAAGUUCGGUGGUAGUCAUGCUAAAGUGCAUAGAGCUCGGAAAAGACGGAGGCGGAAUCGGUCCACGCCGGUGGAUGCGGCUGAUCAGUAGCAUUAUUUAGUUGAAUGGAUUCUCUCAUGUGUGUGUAUAUUUAGUGUUUUAUUAUAGAUUAUUUAUCAUUCAUCAGGUUUUCACUACUUUUGAAAUUAGUCAGUUAUAGAUCAACAGGUUAAAAAUUAAGAAAAACUUUUUUCAGUUUAAAUGAUUUCGUAUCAAAUGACAAUGUGAAAGUUAAUUAUGACUUUGGAAGAGGAGAAAAAAACAGUUGGUUCGUUUUUCC